AUGGCAUCAGCUCUCAGUGGUGUGGUUUCAAAGGCGGCUCUUUUUGUACGUUCCCAAUAUGCGCAGGAACGGGAGUUGCUUUCUAUGAUCAAGUUUAAGCUGUGUGAGGCGGGAUUUAUUAUUGUAUAUGAAGAAUACCGGCGCAUCAAUGAGGAGAUGGCAGACACCAUCGGCGUUCAGCUCGAUCGUGCCGCAUUCCUCAGCGGUAGCGCCACACCACUGGUUCCCUCCGAACCUCUGGGGGCAUCCCAUCCUAUGUUUACAUGCGAGCACGCGACGUCCCUCCCAACAGGGGUGCAGGAGCUUGUGGGGCACGUGUACUUGUACGUGCUGGCACGACGGGACUGUCAUACGGAAUUACUGCGCUUUUUGGAUCAUGUAUUUGCAGACGCGGACUUUACAUCGCUGCUGAUGUCAAUUCAAGAAAAGGCCGUGCACGAUGACGCUAACACAGCGACAGCGACAAAAGACAGAGAACACGAAGCAAAAACCGAACGGCCCUGGAUUCCAUGUCCGUUGUUUUGCAACGCUGCUGCCGUUGCGACAAAGCAGGUGGUUCAGCUACUGUUUCCACGUAUGUUAGUGCAGGAUGUACCAACCACCGCUGCCUCGAGAGAGUACGUGCAGGCAGAGCUGAAGGGGACCUUGUUACCUGCACUCGUGGAGUUGUCUAAAGCAAAACCGGAGAAUCCCAUUCGGUGGCUGGCAGAGCGGCUUCUGAACACCAACACGCGUGCCCCACCGCUGAUUCCCGCAUCGAGCCUCAAUGGAACGAGUUGA